CUAGUGUCGUUCAAAUACAAAAUGCCCGCGGUUACUUCGGCCCGUCAAGGUCGUUGUUGGUUUACACCUAAACUGACUUGUUCAUUUGAGUAGCUGGCCUUUCCAGCUGUUUUUUGAUAUCUUAUCUGUUAAAAUAUUUGUGAGACUCUCUUGAAACUGUUCCGAGCUUCGUCCCGAAGGAAAGUGUGAAGUUAUUUAGUUGCCAAAGGUUUCUAGUCGAAGUACUGUUGACCUGACACUUAACAUAUCGUGUCUACCAAGGCAAUAUCUGACACACCAUGUAAACGCUAUAAAGCUUAAUAAUUCUCCUCAUUUCUAAAGGAGUCAUCUAGAGUGUAAGUAUCAUCCAUAUGCAGUCCUUAUUGAAGAUUCUCAUGCUGGGGAUAUGGUUUGCUCGAUGUGUGGAUUGGUUGUUGCUGAUAGAGUAAUUGACGUCGGGUCUGAAUGGCGCACGUUUUCUAAUGAUGCCAAUGCCAAAGAUAUGUGUCGAGUAGGAGCUAGUGAAAACUUCUUGUUAGAUGGGGGUGAUCUUUCAACCAUGAUCAGUGGUCCAUCACCUUCUGACUCGCGACAACUUGAUGAGCAUGGGAAGCCAAUGUACCGAAACCGUCGCAAUAUAUCUGCGCCUGAUAGGGUACUUUUGAGUGCGUUCAGAGAAAUCAGUCAAAUGGGCGAACAUCUAAAUCUCCCCAAAAGCAUAUCAGACCAUGCUAACUUGCUGUUCAAACAAGUCCAUGAGACUAAAAAUCUUCGAGGUCGCAGUAAUGAUGCUGUCUCAACUGCUUGUCUCUACAUGGCCUGUCGUCAAGAGGGUGUCCCUCGGACUUUCAAAGAAGUAUGCGCUGUGUCACGAGUAUCAAAGAAAGAAAUAGGAAAAGUUUUUAAAAAGAUUCUAAAAAUACUUGAGACAAAUGUACAAUCGGUUACAGUUGAAGACUUCAUGUCUAGAUUCUGUGGUAAUCUCAAUUUGAACAUUACUGUUCAAAGAGUUGCAAAUGUGGUUGCUAGAAGAGCUCUUAACUUAAAUUUAGUUGCUGGUCGUAGCCCAGUUUCGGUGGCAGCCGCAGCCAUUUACAUGGCAGCUUAUGCAUUAGGUUAUCGUAAAGAAAAACGAGAAAUUGGUGAUGUGGCGGGAUGCGCUGAGGCUACUAUCACAUGUACUUAUCGUGCAAUGCACUCAAGAGCGAGUGAACUAUUUCCUGAAGAUGUUAGACUUGCCAUAAGACCAGAUGAAUUACCACUGUGAUUUCAUUUAUUUUUCUUGUAUACAAAGGUUCAUUUUGUUUCAAAGUUGAUCAGUUUCUGUACAAAGUUAUGAUACCGUAAAUGCAAAAUACCAAAGUC